CCCUCUGGUUCUCUGUGGUUCUCUGUUCUGUCGUCUGCAGGAGAUGUGGUGGAUAUCUACCAGAGGGAGUUCCUGGCUCUGAGGGAACGUCUCCACUCAGCUGAGCAGGAGAACCUGCGACGUUCCAAAGAGCUGAACCUGGUUCUAGAGGAGAUCAAGAGAGCCAUCGCAGAAAAGCAGGCGCUGAGAGACAUCAACCGCACCUGGAGCAGCCUCUCUGAGGAGACCAGGCUGAAGUUGUGGAAUGUGAGCAGCAGUAAGAACGUUCUGCAGCUUCCUUCCAUCUUCCAUCAUCUUCCUCACCUGCUGAACCGAGAGGACAGUCUGCAGCCGGCCGUCCACCUGGGCCAGGGACGCACCGGAGUCUCCAUAGUGAUGGGGGUUCCCAGUGUGAAGAGGGAGGUGCACUCCUACCUGACCGACACGCUCAGCUCUCUGAUGUCAGAGCUCAGCGCCGCCGAGAAGGACGACUGCGUCAUCGUCGUCCUCAUCGCUGAGGCUGACCAGCAGUACGCCAGCAGUGUAGCAGACAACCUGAAGCACCUUUUUCCAGCAGAGAUUCAGUCCGGUCUGCUGGAGGUCGUCUCUCCGUCCGUCCACUUCUACCCCGACUUCUCCCGCCUCCGAGAAUCCUUCGGAGACCCCAAAGAGAGAGUCAGGUGGAGGACGAAGCAGAACCUGGACUACUGUUUCCUGAUGAUGUACGCUCAGACUAAAGGAACGUACUACGUCCAGCUGGAGGAUGACAUCGUGGCUCGUCCGAACUACUUCACCACCAUGAAGAACUUUGCGUUGCAGCAGCCGUCGGAGGAGUGGAUGAUCCUCGAGUUUUCUCAGCUCGGCUUCAUCGGUAAGAUGUUUAAGUCUCUGGACCUGUCGCUCAUCGUGGAGUUCAUGUUGAUGUUUUAUAAAGACAAACCCAUCGACUGGCUGCUGGAUCACAUCAUGUGGGUCAAAGUCUGCAAUCCAGAGAAAGACGCGAAACAUUGCGACAGACAGAAAGCAAAUCUGAGGAUUCGCUUCAAACCGUCUCUGUUCCAGCACGUUGGCACGCACUCGUCUCUGGCUGGAAAAAUACAGAAACUCAAGGAUAAAGACUUUGGGAAACAAACCCUCCAUAAAGGUCACGCCAACCCGCUGGCCGAGGUGACGACCAGCCUGAAGACCUACCAGCACUUCACCUUAGAGAAGGCUUACCUGGGAGAGGACUUCUUCUGGGCCUUCACACCUGUAGCAGGAGACUUCAUACGGAUACGAUUCUUCACUCCUGUUCGUAUUGAGAGAUAUUUCUUCCGGAGCGGGAACAUCGAGCAUCCAGGAGACAAACUGUUCAACACAUCGGUGGAGGUCCUGCCGUUCGAUAACAUCCAGGCAGAUAAAGAAGCUUUGACAGAAGGAAGAGAGAAAACACCAAAGUAUCAUCGUACAGAGGACGGCUUCAUCAGAAUAGGAUCGUUCCAGAACGGGAUCGCAGAGGGGGAAGUGGACGCUACCUUCGGCCCGCUGGAGGCCAUGAGGCUCACUGUCAUCACGGACUCACCGGUCUGGGUCAUCCUCAGCGAGAUCUUCAUAAAGAAAGCCGAGUGAGACCUCUUCCUGUUCGUCUCCUCUGAGCAUCGAGCUGCCGUCCUGCUUCCCACCGCGGAGCCACAGCGCCGCCUGCUGGCCGGACCUCGCCACUGCAGCGCUGAGCGGACCAGACGCUGACCACACACACACACACACACACACACACACACACACACACACACACACACACACACACACACACACACACAGAUGAAUCAGGACUCACAGGAACCUGGAUCUGUAUUUAUGUACAUACAGCGAGCUAAAUGUUAAACACUGGUGUCGGUCCAUCAGCUGACUCUCUGAGGACUGACCGUGCGUGCAGACGGCCGGUCCGGACCUUUGUUUGGACUCUUCCCUCCAGUCGUUUCCACGGUAACCAUGUAUGUGCGUAUAUAG